CAAGUAGAAGAACUGUGUAGAAGAAAACAAGGCGAAUUAUUAAAUUAUUCUGAUAUUUUGCACUACUUAUUAAGAGCUUGAUCGAACAAUUGUAUUUUUAAAAAUGUUACGUUCAAAACUACCUUUCUUGCGAUCUCUUUUUCACAGAGAAAAUUAUUUAUUAAUCCACAAAUAUUACUCUCAAAAAGUUUUAAAUAUAUCUGAUCCAGCAGUGCAAACUUAUCUGAAACAUUUAAUGAUAGAAUAUGAUACACUGCAUAUUAAAGCAAGAAGGACUGUUGAAGAAAAUAAACGUCUGCACGAAAUUAAGCCUAUUGUUAGUGUGCUUGAGCAGCGAAUCGCUCUGUUUGACAGCAUCGAAUCAUUAAAAGAACUCACCAAAAAAGACCAAAAGGAUGAAGAAAUAAAGCAAAUGAUUAAAGAAGAAGCUAAAAUAUACCUCGGCCGUCUAAAGGAGGUAGAUACAGAUUUGCAGUCGAUUCUUUUAGAGCCUUAUUUGUCGAACGGAGGAGUGAUAUUAGAGGUUACGGCAGGUGCCGGAGGCCAAGAAGCUAUGCUGUUUGCUCGAGAACUCUUUGAAUUGUAUGAAGCAUAUGCGCAAUACAAGGAAUGGGAAGUAGACAUUGCAUCUGUUGAAAAAUCAGAUAUUGGUGGUUAUCGGAAAGCUUCAAUGUUGAUAAAAGGAAUAGGUGCCCCAGAACUAAUGAAGAUGGAAGCUGGUGUGCAUAGAGUGCAGAGAAUUCCUGCCACAGAGAGAAGUGGUAGGAUUCAUACCAGCACAGUUUCUGUAGCAGUCUUACCGCAGGCUACAGAAGUUGAGAUGGAGGUCCUCGAUCGAGAUUUAACUAUAGAAACGAAGCGGGCGAGUGGAGCUGGUGGUCAGCAUGUAAAUACAACGGACAGUGCAGUGAGAAUCACUCAUAUUCCCACAGGAACUAUUGUUGAAUGCCAACAAGGUAGAUCACAGAUAAAGAAUAGAGAGAUUGCAAUGGAAAAGCUUAGAGCUCUUUUGCUGCAGAAACAAAUUGACGAACAGUCUUCCAAAAUUAACAGUGAGAGAAAAACUCAGAUAGGUUCAAGCAAUCGCAAUGAAAAGAUACGAACCUACAACUACCCACAAGACCGUGUGACUGAGCACAGAGAGGGAGGCAUUAACAUACCGAGUCUCAAAGUGUUCAUGCAAGGCGGAGAACAUUUGGAGGAACUUCAGGAAUCACUUUUGAGACAGCAUAGAUAUGAAGUGCUUAUGGCAGAGGUGAACGACUUUAUUAAUAAAAAUAAAAUACCUAAUGUGUAAUUGUUGAAAUCAAAAUGUAGGCUAACUAGAUAAAUACUUAGUGAAAUAAUCAGUGAACUGGUCAAAAAAUUAUCUAUGUGAAUACUCCAAUAUUAUUAAAUCAAAUAUAAUCACUUGAUAUUGA